CCUCCAGUGCUUUAGGGGCUCCCACAGAGGGCCGGCCACCCCGCCUGGGCAGGCCAGCCUGGGGCCCGAGGGGUGGCAUCUUCUGGCCCCUCCCCACGUGUCCUGAGCCCCAGGCCUGAGCAGCCUCCACGGCCUGGCCUGUCCACUUCCCAGCACUAGGCCGAGGCUCAAACAUGCCCAGUGAGGGUGCUUCAAGUCUCCUCCCCUGCUGCACGUCCGGGACCCCCCCGUCUUACACCUGCCCUGCUCCCAGAGAGAAGGCGGCUCUGGAGGAGGUGGUGGAGGAGCUGAGAGGGAAGGUGGACCUUUCAGACAAGGAGAAGCAGAGGCUGGAGGCCAGGAACGAGGAGCUUCAGAGAAGCCUCCUGCUGCGGGCGCAGAAGGCCGAGCUGGUGCAGCCGAGACAGCGGGGCCAGAGGGAGCUGGAGACCAGUCAAGGGCGCCUGGAGCGGCUGGAAGAGAAAUUUUCUGGACUCAAGAAGGAGCUGGUGUCAGCCCAGGAGGCACUGAACGCAGUGCGGCUGCAGAGGGACAUUCUGGAGAGCGAGAGGGAGGGUCUGCGCGGUGCCCUGGCCCGGGCCGAGUCCAGCAAAGCCAACCUGGAACUGCUCGUGACUCGACUAAAGUCGGAGGGGGUGGAGCAGAGGGACUCCCUGGCCAAGAUGGCUGCCCUGAUGGAGGGGCUGGCUCAGGACAAGGGCUCCCUGAACCACCUGGUCCUGCAGCUGGAGCAGGAGCGGGCCCGGCUGCAGGAGCAGCAGAAGGUGCUGGAGCAGGAGCAGGCGGGCACUCGGGAGCAGCUGGCACGGGCGGAGCAGCAGCUGGAGCUCAUGCGGGCCGAGCGGAGGGGCCUGCAGCAGGCCUGUGGGCACCUGGAGAAGCAGCUGGAGCAGCUGGAGGGGCAGGCAACCCGGUUCCGGCGAGAGAGGGCCCAGCUGCAGGAGCAGGUUGGCCAGGUCACAUGCAAGAAGCAGGCCCUGGAGGAGGAGCUGGCCCGGAGACUACAGGACCAGGAGGCCCAGAUGGAUGCUCUCCAGAGGGCCCUGCAGGAGAAGGAGGCUUUGUCUGAGGAGCGGGCCCAGCUGCUGGCCAAGCAGGAGGCCCUGGAGAGGCAGGGCCAGCUUGUGGCUGAUGAAGCAGCUGACCUCAGGGCCGAGAGGGACUCUCUGGAGAGCAGCCUCUUUGAGGCCCAGCAGCUGACAGCACAGCUGCAGACACAGCAGGAGCAGCUGGAGGGAGAGGCCCAGAGCGCCAGGCUGGCCCAGCAGGCCUUGCAAGUGGAACUGGAGCAGCUGAAAAGCACCUGGGAGGUCCAGGAGACGAGGCUGCAGUGGGACGUGGGGCAGCUCCGGCAGCAGGUGGCGCAGCAGGAGCGGGACGUGCAGCUGGCCCUGGAGAGCCGGGCGCUGGCCCACCGCGAGGACCUGGCCCGGCUCCAGAGGGAGAAGGAGACCCUGCGUCUGUCUCUGACGGAGGAGAGGGAAGUGUCAGCACGCCGGCUGGAGCAGGAGAAGGAGCUGGUGGCAAGAGGUGCAGCCAAGGGGGAGGCUCUGAGGGAGGAAAUUCAGAGCCUGAAGCACGAGCAGGAGGAGCAUCUCCUUCAGCUGGAACAGGAGAUGCAGCAGGCCCUGUCUCUGAAGGACAUGGAGAUGAACCGGCUGAGGGAGGAGCUCGCGAGCACCGCGCAGGAGCUGGACCUGGCGCGGCAGGAGGCCCGGAGCCGGCAGGAGCGAGCUGAGGCCACCGUCAGCGCCACGACUGCAGAGCUGAAGGCCCUGCAGGCCCAGUUUGAGGACGCCAUCUCAGCCCAUCAGAGAGAGGCCAGAGCUCUGAGUGAGAGGCUCCGGGAGACGGCGGCGGAGCGAAACACCGCGGGGAGAGAGGCCAAGAGGCUGCGGGCACAGCUGGACGAGGCCCAGGGAGGGCUGGCCGCGCUACGCCGGGAGCUGCAGGGCAGCGAGGAGAGCCGGGCGGGGCUGCGCAGGGAGGCCCUGGAGGCCCGCCGGGCGCUGGGUGACGAGGCCCACGAGAAGGACGUGCUGCAGGAUUCCAACACCGAGCUGCGGGCCGCCAUCCGCAGGGCUGAGCACGAGAAGGCCAGCUUUAAGCGUUCCAAGGAGGAGAAGGAGCAGAAGGUGCUGGUCCUGGAGGAGGCCCGAGCGGUGGCUCAGAAGGAGGCUGGAGAGCUGCGGGCCAGCCUGCGGGAGGCGGAGCGGGCAGGGGCAGAUGCCCGCCGGGAGCUCCAGGAGCUACGCAGACAGGUGAAGACACUGGAGGGGGAGAACCAGAGGAAGAGCCAAGAGGUGAUCCAGCUGCAGGUCCAGGGCGCACAGGACGCACAGCAGCAGCAGCAGAGCCGGCAGCAGGCUCUGGAGCUGCAGAGGCUGGUGGCUGAGGCGGAGGCUGCCAGAGAGGGCGCCCAGAGGGAGGUCCUGAGGCUGCAGCAGGCGCUGGCGGAGGUGGAGGCACGAGGCGAGUCCCGGGAGAAGCAGCUGGAGCAGCGCCUCUGUGAGAGCCGGCGGGCGGAGCAGACCCUCCAGGCCGAGCUGCACAGUGUCAUUAGGAAGCUGCAGCAGGCCCGAGGCGUGGCCGGCGGCCUCCGGGCUCGCCUGGACGUGGCCGGCCACCAGGCCCGCAGCCUUGAGCAGGAGCUGGCCCGGGCCGAGGGCGCCAGGAGGGAUGCGGAGGGCCAGCUGGGCCGGCUGUGGUCCGCGCUCCGCCUCGGCCUGGGGCUCCGGACACAGAGCCCCUCCGGCUCCCCUGAGCGGCCGGGCUCCCCCACCAAAGGCUCAGACGGCUCCCGGAGUGCCAGCCCCCCAGCCCGGUCCCGCUCGCCCCUUCGAUGGCCCUCGCCUGAACCAGGAGACCAGAGCACAGAGGUGGCCGUGGCCUCCGUGCAGGGCGCCCUGAGGGACUUCAUGCAGAAGCUACGGGACGCCCAGCGGGAGCGGGACACCUGGCGCUCCCAGGUCGGGAGCCUGAGCCGCCGGCUGAGUGAGGCAGAGAGCGAGCGCGCCCGAGCCCAGAGCCGCGCGGAGCAGCUGCAGAGGGCUCUGGCCGAGGCAGAGGAAGGCUGGCGCCAGGCGGAGCGUGAGGUGAGCAGCGCACAGGCCGCGCGGGCCCUGCAGGGGAAGGCGCUCCGGCGCCUAGAGACCGAGCACCUGGUGAGCAUGCGAGCGGCGGGCCUGGAGAAGCAGCGGCUCCAGGUGGGGACGCCCCGCCCCCAGCCCCCCACAUCCCAGCGCGGGGGGGGUGUGCGGCCCCUGAAGACCCGGCCCCCGGUUCUGAGCCCUGCCGUGUCUGCCCAGCCAGGGGCUUUACCUCCACAGCAGCCCCCAUCUGGCACCCUCCUCCCCAGCAGCUGUGCUGUCCAGAUCGCGGGGCUGGAGCAGGCCCACGCCCAGCGGCUCCGGGAGCUGGUUGCCCAGCACCAGCGAGACCUGGCCACGGAGGCCACCCAGAGCCUGGCGUCCCAAGAGAGGAGGACCCACCAGCAGCAGGUGAAGGUGCUGGAGGAGCAGGUGGCCAGCCUGAAGGAGCAGCUGGACCAGGAAGCGAAGCGGCAGCGACAAGCUUGCCUCGGCCAGGCCGUCCAGGCCAAGGAGUGAGCCCUGCAGCCAGUGCCCAGCCCACGCGGCCGCCGCAGGCCUGACCCCCGGGCAGCAGGACCCCGGCUGGGAAAGCUCAGGCCUCGUGCUGCUCGGGGCCGCGCUCGAGAGGGGCACCGGGGCCCACCGCUCGGAGCUCACCGCUCACCCCGGGGGUCGGCGGGCACCCUCUGCUCCACUGACCACAGGGCGCUCCCCCAGCCCUUGGGUCCUCGGCCUCUGGCUGGUGCUGGACCAAGCCUCAGACACUGCUCUCCGACACAGCCCCCGCCCCAGCAGCAGAGACUGUCUGCGCAGCUUGCACCGGGCCUGGUGCUGCUUCAGAUGUGCUGACCUGGCCAGAGUCUGGUGGCCAGGCCCCGUCAGGCCGGCCUCCGCAGCCACAGGCCACAUUCCGUGCCCUCAGCUCCGUAAACAUGGGGAAACACAUGGAAAACAUUUCCACCAACUGAAGCCAAAAACAUAAUGCCCUGCAAGGCCCGGCCGCCGCAGCCCCUCCAGAGGCAGCAGGACCUCCCGUGUCGGGGACUGCAGGUCCGUCACAGUGGCAGGUGGCUGCAAACGACUCAGAACCAAGUCCUGAGACUCACCAGCCGUGAGGGACGUCGGGGUGUCAAAGCUAGUUGUCAGAGAACCACCCACUUUCCCAGCCCAUAAACUCUGGGACAAUUCCUGCGGGAAUCCAGCCCUGGUUGCUGUGGAGACGGAGACAGCCAUCCUGGGCCCACGGCCUGGGUCACCUGUCAGCUUCCCUCUCUGCUCCCCCAUCAAUGCUGGUCAGAGUGACUUGUCUGUUCUCCAAGCGGCCUCUUUUGUUCUGUAAGUGGUGUGUUUACAACAUCUGUGGGGCGCCAGCCAGCCCAGCAAAUGCCUGGUGCACAGCUGCUGGUCGCCCCAGCUGCCCCCUCCCUCCAGGAGCCCCCAUGACACCCUCGAGGACUCGUGGAGCGACCUCCCCUCAACAGUCACGCUGAGCUGUGGCCCAGACAGACCAUCUAUGUGUCUGUUUCGAGGCUGGCCCAGCACCGGCAAUGGGCUAUCCUAGCAGAACUUCCUUGGCAAUGGAGUUGCUGCACAAGAGCAGCGACCAGAGAGGGGUGGGCAAACAGGCGUCGCUCUGCCUGCCAGCCCUGCCUGAUCGCCGGUGGCUGUGUUGAGAAGGGUUCGCAAGUUCAGCCCAGGCUCAGAGGGGAAGAGCUUGGUGAUUCGUGAGCAACAGCUGCUCCAGGCAGAGGCGGCGUUCGUGGUGGUGCAGGCACCUUGCUGCUCACCCUCUUGCAGUGGCCAGUUAGAGCAGCGGGCAGCAGGCAGGCUCACCCCGCCGCUGGAGGGCGCUGUACCAAUGGGGAAGGGCAUUGGUACCGAUGGGGAAGGGCAGGGCCACAUGGCACUCAGGGCCUGGCAUGUAGCGGACGGGUCCCUUCCCUUCCGCCCCAAGCCGGCAGGCAGCUUCCUUGUGGGGGACCCCCCUCCGCCACCGCCACCCCCACCCUCAGCAGGACCUGAGGGACGGUGGGGGAGAACCAGAAGCUGGAGACUGGAGUCUCUCUGCAUCCCUGUGGCGCCCACUGGGCUCUCGGGUGUCACACCUUUGGAACUGGAGCCCUCAGCACAGAGGAGGUGCUUAAUAAAAGCACAGGGAUAAAAGAGAAACACGUCUCAGACGUGAGCAGGGUCGGAACGGUUUCUCAGCACUGAAAUGAGGGCCACCCACAACGCGACCAGCGAUCUGACUGGAGGUGUCAGGGCCCUCCUUGCCCAGACACUAGGUGCCUGUGAGCCCUCCAAAACUUUUCUAUUUCAACAAAAAUUCGAUCAAUGUAAGAAAUAAUACUUUCACUUAUUCCACAUAAAGUCAUACACUUAGGAAAAUGGAUUUUUCUAAUGGAAAUAAAUUGGUGUUUUCCUAAGCAUUUCCAAUGGUGAGCAUGUGGCUUCUAUGUGAGAUUCUGCUGGGGGCGCCCGUCCCACACGUGGACCAGCCCCACCAUCUCUGCCUCAGUGGACCAGCUGCUCCAAGGCCCCUUCCAGCCCUACAGUGUAGUGACCACCUGGGGUGGACCUCCCUGGGAGCCAGACCCUAUCUGCCCCUCCAGGCCCUGUGACCUCCUGGACCCAUUCCCAGAGCAGGUAAGGGCUUCCCUGGGGCAGAGGCUUCUGGGUUCACCUACAUGGGAGGACCGGCUGCUCUGAGGAGAAGGAGAGAAAGCUAAAGGAGCAUGCAGCCAGCCAGCCCCUGCCACUAGCAGCCCAGCCCUCCAGGGACCAGCUGGACGCUCCCCACCUUGGCCUGCAUGGAGUCCUGGGGUGUCCCGAGGUCAGCUCUGGGGCUCCCCCUCUAAACUACACACACACUCCGGUCCUAAAUUAAAAUAUCCCAGGCCUGUUGGGGAGGCUCAGCUUCCCGGCCGCAGAACGGGCCUGCUUGAUAAAGUGAUUUUGGUUUUGAUAAAUGUGGACUUUCUGUGGCAAAGACAAAGGCACCCUUGAGUCCAGAGGGGAACCUGAAACAGUACAUUGCUGAAAAAUAUUUCCUGAUAAUAUUUUUAGCACCUGGAAAAAAAUUUUUUUUCUCUUUUUUGCCUACAGAGUUGGGUGUGUGUGUGUGUGUGUGUGUGUGUGUGUGUGGAAAUGUAAUGCCCAGCAUGGUGGAGCCUCGUGUUAACCCCCGGUCUCCCAAAUGGAACUGUAAGUGGACCAGGGUGAUGGCCGUGGAGCGUCAGCUGGCCUCUGCCCGGGAAAGCAUGGCCUCGCUGGGGGUCACCACCCAAGCCCUGCCUGUGGCUGGCCACCAUGAGCACCUGCUCUCCAGGGUGGGGCCCAGCCUGAGGAUCUCACAGUCACCCAGGGGUUUGG